CACCAGCAGCUAGUUAAGGUGCAUCAAGCCUCACAUUGACCGGAGUAGCAGGCUGCAGCUCUACUACAAUCGAACAGACCAGCUAUUCACUUUACUCCCGCGGUCCAGGCUUAUCCGUUGCAGCAUCCGUCAUGUCUCUCGAACCACCCACGUACCUCACCUCGCUACAGAACAAUAUCAGAGCUCGACCGAUACCAUGGGAGGGUGCAGUGCGAGCAGGGAACAUCACAGAAGAACAGCUUAGGCGGGUCAAGGCAGUUGAUAAGGUGCGGAAGGACUCAAGACAGAAGACUAUCGAGAAGGACGUCAAUGCGUACACUUCAUUGCUGGCCGGUAAUGGGUCGGAGAAGAGCAUCCUGGAGUCUGCCACUCGACGGACGGAUAUAAUACAGUACAUUCUUGUCCUUGCUGGAGACUUGAUUAGCGAUGUGCCAGCUUUAACGUCAGCUCUAGUGGAGAAUAACGAGAGCUAUCGACACUUCUUGCCUCUUCUCGCCAACUCAACGAACUCAGAAGAUCCGAUCCCACUGCUCACAUCGUCGCUACUUGCCAAUCUUGUCUCGGCAUCGCUGAGAGCCACUCCCAAGACAUCACCAAAGGACGAGGUAGCGCUUCCCAAGCUGUUCUCUUAUCUGUCUACUUUGACCAAGAGUGCGGAUACAGGGCUACAGGAUAUCGGGGUGCAGGGAUACUCUGCUCUGCUUAGGACGAAGAGGUCGAGAGAGAUCUUCUGGAGGGAGAGAAAGGAUACCGUCGAACCACUGAUUGGGAUUCUGCGCGCGGCGGCCGGGGCAACCAGGGACAACGGGUCUUCCCUGGGCGGUAGUCGAGCUGGAGAAGCUGGUAUCAGUGGUGGUGUUGGCAUCCAGCUUUUAUACCAUGUCUUACUUGUACUGUGGCAGCUCAGCUUCGAAGCGGAUUUGAUCGGUGCCGAAAUUGAAUCGGAACACGAAAUGAUCGCACUGUACACCAACCUGCUGAGACUCUCACCCAAGGAGAAAACCACCCGUCUGCUACUCUCGACGCUCCGUAACCUACUAUCCAGCAGCAAAGCCAACCUUUUGCCCAAUGCGGUGGUGGUCCGCCUACCAGCGAUGCUAAGCAACUUGACCAGCCGCCACCUGAGCGACCCGGAUCUGCUGGAAGACCUGUCUGCACUGACAGAGAUGCUGGAAGAGUAUACAAAGAAGCAGACGACGUUUGACGAGUACGCGGCGGAGGUACAGUCCGGCCACCUACGCUGGUCCCCACCGCACCGCAACCCGACUUUCUGGCGGGAGAAUGCACGACGGAUCCUAGACGAGGAUGGGAGCAGCCUACCUAAGAAGCUGGCCGAGAUCCUGUCGAAGGACUGGGAGACGGACAAGCAGGUUUUGGCCAUUGCGUGUAACGACAUAGGGUGCCUGGUAAGGGAGGUACCAGAGCGACGACACCAGCUGGACAGGCUGGGCCUGAAAGCACGGGUGAUGGCCUUGAUGACCGAUCGGGACGAGUCAGUGAGGUGGGAGAGUCUCCGGGCUGUAGGGGAGUGGCUGCGAUAUACGUUUGAAGGCUGA